CUAGCACACGUGUGUUGCUUCACCAAAUGGUGUUGAUACUUUGAACGAAGUUUAUGUUUUGAUUAUACGUGUAGAUUUGACAAAAUGUAAAACAACUGGGCCUCCAAACAGCGAAUACGUAAUUUUCAUGUUCGGUAGAUUUGUAAUACGUUGAAAAAAUGGAGAAAGUUGGUGUUAAACGUAAGAAACUCAAGAGACAUAAUGAGUCACUUGACUCACUUGUGGAUCAGCAACGCAAAUCUCGUAAAAUACUAUCGAAAGAACAGCUUACAGGCGAUACCAGCGCCGAUAAAACUGUAAAUGAGUUCUUAAAAUUGACCAAAGCGAAGCAAACAAGGCUAAAAGGAUUAAAACAAUUUCUUGUCACUUUAAAAUCCACUCCAAAUAAGACGGAACUUGUUUUGAAGUAUUUGGAAAAUUCUCUUGACUGCUCCAACAUGUUUGCUGUGUUCCGCGAGGGAAUGGAGGAAAGAUCUUUAUUUGAGGUCCAAAUUGUUUUUGAAAUAUUAGAGAUUAUCACACUUCAAUUGGCUGAAGACAACAUGAAGUUAAAGUCAAAGGCAGAAGUAAUUGUGUUACAGCUCCUUACACAUCACAAAAAGCUUGUGUAUCAUUCUUUAAACCCUUCUUCCUCUGAAAAUGUUACUAUUGCCACCCUCAGGCUGUUGACAGCUAUUGUUAUGCAUGGUCCAGUCUUAGCCAGAGAGAUACUAUCUGCAUUAGAGCUCUCUCACAAAACAUUUGUCUCACUUGCUCGUCGUUGUAAUACAAAGGCAAAUCUGGAUGUGCGAACAUGUUUUAUAAAGUUUGCUUUGUCUUUCUUUGUUGUUGGCGAUGGCAUGUUGAUCGAGCAAGUUAUAAAAAUAAAAGGUUUUGUUUCUUCUAUAUUUAAAAAUCUCAUGGAUGAUUCACCAACUAUUGUUUAUUUGACAUUGUCAACACUGCUCACAAAGGUUGUUCGUGAUCGUUCAAUUAUGAGGAAAACUAAAAUCUUUCUCUUCACAUCGCAAUCGUUGUGUCACCUGGCCAUGCUUUAUGCAUACGACAAGGAUGACGUCACGAGAGAAACAAUUCAUAAGUUCAUGAUUGAGUUGUGUGCGUCGUCAUACGGCAUCGCGUUUGAAAAUAAACUCGGAAUAUUUUCCAUGAGUUCGAACAAUCCUGUUUUGCUUCGAUUCCUUCAGUCUUUACCAAAGACUUUAGACGAUAAUCUGAUGGUUGACCUUAUCAUUAAUAUCCUUUAUUACUCUCAUGAUCUUAUAUCUCCUUACCUUCGUGGAUACCAUAUGGCACUCGAACCCAGGAACUCGUCGCAAUGGGUGAACAAUAUACUGUUUCUAAUAAAUCUAAUACGAUUCUUUACACCAAUUCCACUUUAUUCACAGCAAUCCGACUCCUUGGUUAAAGGAACCACACUUAGCCUCUUAGUUGUUAUACUAAGACGUUGUCGGAAUCUCUUCAACCAAAAAAGCAUUAUCGAUCAUGAGAUGGCUUCAUUCCGUGACGAAAUCAUGAAAUUUCUCCCGAGUUUUCAAACACUUAUUGGGAUACGAGAAAAUCUUUCAAACAGAAGCAAGACGAAUGAUGCAAAAGACAAACAAUCAUCGAUGUCCCUUGAAGACGCCUCGACAAUCUUGAGUAGAACUCUCGCUUGCCUUUCGUUGUACCAGCAACUUACGAAUGAUUGUUUCUGUUCGCUCAAAUUACGACCCAUGGAAAUUACUACCCAAGAAUUUGACGAGGAGAAACUUUAUAGUUCAUCUUGCAAACUCUCGAUGCUACGUAUUUUAUUGAGCUGUCCCUUGCGACAUUUCAAAUGGCAGUCUAAAGCAGUUACUGCCUCGUGUUUCACCAAGGUCCUACAACUUUAUUGUCGUGAAACCAAUAUCCGUUUUCAAAGCAUGAUGGGAAGACUUCUUCGGAAGUUCAUUGUGGAAACUGGUGUUUUCCAAACAGAUGAAAACGAAGUUUUCCUUUGGAUUGAAGGCAUUCUUGAUCCGUGUGUCUAUAACGACAAAAAUGACAUCGUGUUAUUUUUGACCCAAGUCUAUUCUUGUUUGGCGACCGAUCCCUUUAACUUUGUCGACCAAGUAUUGCAAUCCCUGCAUGCCGUUUCUUAUUCUUCAACUGAUCAUUUGACCAAAGAAAAAAGCUCUUCACUGCCAUUCACGCCAUUGGUACCUUGUGCUUUGGAAUUGUUCCGAUCGUAUUUAAAUGAGAAAAAAGAAGCGAAAAUAUUUUCUUAUCUCAAUAUUAUCCUCUUGAACAUCCUGGAUAUGCAAUAUGAUCCACGACCGCUGUGCAAUAUGAUUGUCAAGAUGCUAACCCAAGGCGAUCCGCCAAACUAUCCUCGAUCAACAAAGUUUCUUCUCCAAUUCUUACAGUAUUGGUACUUCGUUGAUGAUGAUGGGGUUGAAUUAGGGAUUUCUGCUGAUGAAAGUGGACGUGAUUUUUUCCGAAGCAAUUAUCGAAGUAUGCUUCUUCCAAGAAAGGCGAUCCUUUAUUUGAUGUUGUCACUUACUUAAAAUGCAAUCCUGUCUGCUUAUUUGUCAAGUUGAAAGAACUACCUGAUAUCCUCCAUGGCAUACCUUGUCACUUGCUGCUUCGUCAACUCUUGUUGUUUGCCGUAAAAUACGAAACAACACUGACCCCUGAAAAUGUUGCACUGUGGGAUACAAUAGGGAUAAUGCGGG